GCACAGCACGGGCUCCGAAGUCCCGCGCGCUGGGUUCGGAUCCCUGUUUUACCGCUCCCUGGCAUGGGUCCCCGUGGCCAGUGAGUGAAAGUCCCCAAGCCUCAGUCUGCAAGGCUCUGGGAUGGGGUGUUCACACCGAUCCUCACGAGGCUACCGCGGAAACUUAGAAAAGCUGUUGGCGAAGGCGUUCGCGCUUGCAGGAGACACGCUGUAAGGACCGGGUCCUCUCCCCUCCUCCGUGAAGGAGUGAACACCUUUGGGGCGCGGAGGAGGGGUCGAGGAGGAAGAGCAGAUGCGGAGAGAAGGGGAGAAUGAUCACCAAGACCCACAAAGGAGACCUGGGCCUUGGGCUCCCAGAGAAAAAGAAGAAGAAGAAGGUAAUCAAAGAACCAGAGACUCAAUACUCAGUUUUAAACAGUGACUCUUGUUUCACUGAAGGUUGUCCCACGAGAGCCACAUUCCCCUCAAAGAAUGUGGUCCAAGGGCAGGCACCCGAGAUGCCUCUAGUGAAGAAAAAGAAGAAGAAGAAGGGCGCCGGCACCCCCUGUGAGGAGCACCCGGAAGCUGAGACCAGGCCGCGUGCCAGACGCACAGAAAUGUCGCCCAGCCCCCGCAAGCAGGCUCUGGCUCCGUCCGAGUUCGUCAGUGGGGAGAAGAAGAAGAAGAGGAAGAAGUCCUCGUGGCCUCUGGCCAUGUCCCCUAGCUCGAGGGUGAGGACCUCCUCAGACCCCACACAGGGUGAAGAGGUAGCCAGAGUUGGCAAGAAGCUCAAAAAGCACAAGAAGGACAAAAAGGCCCCAGAGGCCACAGCCGUUUCAGCUCAGGACCAUUGGUUCUCUGGGGCUGGGGACACCCCGUAUGUCUGCUCAGUGGGGAAGGAUGGUGAGGAGCGGCCAGCCUCAGGGCAGAAACAGAAGCAGGGGAGCCCCACGGAACACACCGUGAAGAUAAAGAAGAAAAAGAAAAUCCACCACGAGGAAGACACCCGUCUAGGGCACCCUGAGCUCUCCAGGGCCAUAAAGAGCAGCCCUAGGAAAGGAAGGAAAAAGAAACCAGUCAAAACUGAGGCUCCGGAAUACAUCCCAAUAGGAGAUGACUCCAAGGCCCCUGCGAAGAAGAAAAUAAAGUCCAAGAAAAAGGCAGAGCUGACAGCCAUUGAAGAGCCAGCUCUGAAGAGGAAGAAAACGAAAAAGAGGAAAGAGAGCAGAGUAGCAGGAGAACCUUGGGAGGAGGAGCCCGACACAGACUUAGAGGUGGUGUUAGAGAAGAAAGGCAACAUGGAUGAGGCGCACAUAGACCAGGUGAGGCGAAAGGCCUUGCAAGAAGAGAUCGAUCGUGAGUCGGGCAAAACGGAACCUUCUGAAACUGGGAAGUGGACGGGGACUCAGUUUGGCCAGUGGGACACUGCUGGUUUUGAAAACGAGGAACAGAAAGUGAAAUUCCUCAAGCUUAUGGGUGGCUUUAAAAAUCUGUCGCCUUCGUUGAGCCGCCCCUCUAACCUGACAGGGAGGCCCAGCAUGGCCCUCAGCAAGAAGGCGGCCGACGCCCUGCAGCGGGGCCUGCAGCGGGACUACGAGCGGGCCCUGAGCUGGAAGCACAGCCGGGGGGCCGGCCUCGGCUUCGCCGCCCCGCACAAAGCCUUCUACAUCGACAGGAACGCUUCCAAGUCCGUCAAGUUUGAAGAUUAAACUCUCCUGUCUUGUCCCCCGAAACAGCCAGAGUUGCUUUUAUUACUCAGUUUAUGCAGCUGCAAGCCAUCUGGUGGUUGUCUGGAACCGAACUCCUGCACAGACUGAGGACACGUCUGUGACGGGUGUGGACGGACCGGGGCGGGCAGCUGAGGUUGCAGGAGCCGGGAGAACGUGGGAGUGGCUUCACCCUGCUGUUCUCUGGGUGAGCCUCCCGUCCCGGCUGGGAAACGUCGGCGUGUAUAAAUAAUGAUAGCUAACACCUGUGAAGGACCCCCGUGUGUGCCAGGCACAUGCUCAAGUGUGUCCCUUGCAUUAAUGUAUUUAAUCCUCACGAUUAUGAAAUAGGUGCUAUUAUUCUCCCCAUCUUAUAGAUGAGGAAACUGAGGUUCAGGGAUAAAGUAAUAAAAUUGUCUGGGGGCACCCAGCCAGUGCGCACCAGCUGUUGUGCUUUGUACCCCAAGCCCUACGUCACUCUUCACUAUGAAUGUCCCCUCUAGGGAAUUGCACCCACUGGGUUAAAAUGUCUUUUGAUUGAUGAAACAACUUUAUUACCUGUCUAAUCUGAGAGCGGAAGUGGAGUUAAUGGUCAAGGGGAGCAACAAGCUCAUCUCCCUUCCCGUCUUGGAGCAGCUUCAGGCAGAGGCUAGAGAACUGCCACAAGCAGAUGUGGCCGCACUUCCUCUGCUGCUGGGAAAUGUGUUUCUGGACCAGUCCCGCCUUUUCUGGCUGCCUGCCGUCCAUCCCCAGGGCUGAGCUUGCAUUUAGUCUUCUUGCUUUCACUGGACUCAGGACGAGGCGUUCAGAGAGCAGUCCGUCCUCCACGUGAACCCGUGGCAAAUUCCCAGGGAGGCGCUGAUUAAGUUUCAGUCAUGAGGAAGAGAAUCCCAGGUGACUCCUGCAGGGGAGGUCCAGUGGCAGGAGGCACAGACACGUGGGGAUGACACAGGAAGUGGCCUCCUCGGCCGUGGGGACAGUGUUUCUAAGCUCAGGCUCUGCAGCCAGCCUCACAGAGGUACAGGUACAAUGGCCUGAGUGACACGUGACCGCCUUCGCUCCAUUCACCUCGCACUUUGCUCAAAUACAGGUUCUGAUUGGGACAUUCUCCCAUCACCUGGUCUGAACACCAACAAACAUCCCAUCUCGGGCAGGCCUCCACGGCCACGUGGCGGGAAGUCCUGAUGCAGGGGCUGGAGUCAGCAGCUCGUCAAGAAGAUGCUUUCCCUCUGCUCUCUCAUUCUCUGUGUUGGCUUCAUCAGGCUGGUGGGAGGACGACUAGCAAUUCCAGACAGCCUGUGAAGACACUGGAACAUUCCAGAGGAAGAAGAAAAGCCUGAGGCUCAAGGAAACUUCCAGAAGCCCCUCGAGAGACCUUUGGUCAUACCUCAUUGCCCAGCCCUGGGUCAUGUGCCCAUUCCUGAGCCAGCCCCUGGCAUGUGGAGGGAGAUUCUUCUCAGGCUGUCAGGAAGGGUGGGUGAGGGGCAGAGGUGGGGAGGCGAACAUGGGGUCCACUACUGUCCCCUGGGCAGGGGGAGGCAGGCCUGCCUGGGUCUUGGCCAACAGCUUGGUCAGAUCAAGAGUCUACCAAUCUGCGGUAGCCAGGACUCAGGUGGGCCUCUUCCCGCAGAACGUGAACUUGGCCUUCCACGGAUUCACCCUUGAGACACAGACUGGAAGAGGCCUCUGCUCUCCCACUCCAGAUCUUGCCGGGAGGCCUGCCGGGCUUGGCGGGAGGGAUGGUGCACAGUCAUCUGGGCGAUUCUGGGGAGCGGCGAUCGGUUGUCCAGUCUUGUCUGGGCAGAGAGCUCUCAGGGUGUGACGGUCAGGCUUCCCCCUCGCCACUCAGUAUGUCAAUGUGUCCGUGUAGGAGGGUGGACUUUCGAAUUCAGUGUAUCACGCUGGCCGAAGGGUCCCUCUUGCCCAGGGGAAGGUUCAGUCAAGUCUGUUCCUGAAGCAGAGUCUAACCAGAGGAGGCUGGGCAGCCAGCACGGCAGGGUGCCAGGCGCCCUCAGAAGGGCCGGAACCUUGCCUCUGCGGCUCUCGGGACACAGCGCCGCCGCUCAGGUGCGCGGUCCGUGCAGUCUGCGGGCCUGGGGGAUUUGCUCUGAGCUGGUAGCUGGGCCGCUGUCCUGUGUAAAUGAAACAGCACUGGCUGCGCCACGGGCCCCUCUUCCACGCCCAGGGCCCUCCUCAAGCCGUCCGCAGGUCUGCGUGGUGUGAUCUCCCACUCACUUCACGUCUUCACUCCAUGCAGGACACAGCCCUCUCCUGCAACAGGACGGUUUGGGGACGUUGACCGAGUCGGGGAGAGAGGGGCAGGGGCUUAGUUGAAUGCUUAGCAGCCCUGUUCUCGAACUUCUUGUUCCUUCUCCCUUGGGGAUGUCUCGCCGACCCUCCGAUGGCAGGGGCCUUCCCUUAUCCGGCCGCCCCCGGAACCUCAUGUCUCCUCACCCCUUUAUCCCUUGGGGUCAUUCCUGCUGUGUCUGCCUGAGCCCACGAGGCCCUGCCCUGCGGCCGCCUUUCCACAAUCAGACCGGCCUGUAAAAAUAUUUGCCGAAUAGACAGUUCUCCCCGAAAAGAAACUGCGUAUUCCGCUCUACAAACAGAACUGUUCAGGUUUGUGAUCAGCAGAAUAAUGGCCACCCCUCCCUAAAGAGGUCCCCGUCCUAGUCACCAGAGCCUGGGGCUACGUUAGGGUACAAGACAGAGGGGACUUUAUGGAGCAGACGGAUUUAAGGUUGUCAAUCAGUUUACCUUAAGAUGACCCUGGAUUAUCCGGUGGGCCCAGUCUGACCACAAGAGUCCUUGGGCGUAGCAGAGGGAGACAGAAGAGUCAGGCGUGUAAGAAAGACUGGGCAGGUUGCUGCUGGCUUUGAAGAUGGAGGAAGCGGGGUCACAAGCCAAGGAACGCAGGGGGCCUCCAGAAGCUGGAAAAGGCCGGGAAACCGACUGUCCCCUAGGAUCUCCAGAAGGAGCGGGUGGGCCGAAGCGGGUGAGCUCCUCCGGUGUAACGUUUACCUGGCUGAAUGUGAAGGGCCAAGUUCAGGUUCAUGUGAGAGCAUUAAGGAGUUACUCACGCAGGCUUGGGAACUAAUGCCAUCUGACGUGUACAGCUUCAAAGUAGAAGCAUGUAACUUGUGAAUUUGCCCAUUGCUUUUCAGUUAAAUAGUAACACACAGGAAAAGUGGUAUAUGAACUAAUUUUAAUGGAAAUAAUUUUGUGAAAUAAAGGCCACUUAGGAGUAUUUGAGCAAUGCCACCAAGCCUUCUGCAUUUCUGUACGUUCUGUUCAGUAAAGGGGAGGAACGGGCGUUCUGAGUAUCUCCUGUUCUUUAACGGAGGCAUUUGCUCAACGGAACCCUGGGGGGAGGGAGCCCACUAUUAAGGUGGCCAGAAAAUCCAUAGCAUAUUCUUGGUCCUAAACUAUUCAGUUAGAACGUGAGUUUAUAUAGAUUUACUUUUUAAAAUUAUUUUCACCACUUUUACUGAGAUUAUGUGAACUGGAAUGGUGCGUCUCACGGUAGAGAUGAAAUGUAAUCCAUGUCCAGGGUCUGCCUUCCAAAGGUACAAGAGUUUGGGGGCAUUUUUAUCCACAAUUUGGAGGCAUUUUCCUGAGCAAGGGGCUCCAGGCUGUCAGUCGCCACCAGUCAAUAUUAACACUCUCACUGAUUCAGUGGAAGCCCGUCAGCGGUAACAAGAGUCUGAUUCCAGGCCCCACCAGACUGGUGGUAAGAAAGUAGACAGUCACACGCGGUUUAGAAUUAUGGUGCAAAGCAAACUGGGCGAUAUGUUUAGACACGUUCUCCCCUGGAUGGAGAGAGUCAGAAGGCAUUACUGAACAGUCCGGCACAAAAUGUGCCUUCAGGAGGUCUGUUCACAGGGACUCACGAUCUGACACUCGACCUUGCUUUCUCCUUCAACCCACCAACAUCUAAGUCCAGUCAAGAGCUGCUUCUGGUAGGAAAAGGAGUGACUUGAGCCAUCUGCCUUUUAUAAAUCCUCAAGGUGGCUCAGGCAACAUUCAGUUCCGGACUUGAGGCCCUCAGAAUGGGGAGAGAGAACAGUGGCUCCUUAAAAGUG